GCAACUCAUAGAGAGCCAAGCCAAGUGAACUACAAGUGAAGCAAGCAAACAAAAGCCUACAGCUUCUCAGUUCUAUCUCAUAGUCAGAAAUUGGAAGAUGGUGAACACUAUGGCAUUCAUGGGGCAUCAAUGGGCUCAACAGCAUCAAGCAGGAGCUGGAAUGAGCCAAAUAGGCUUCGCCAUGGCCAUCGCCGCCUCUAUGGUGGUUAUGACCAUGUUUCAACAAUUUCUCACAACCCAACUCAGAGGCUAUGUUGAGAAAUGGAUUCACAAACUGGUUAAUUCCGUGAACCCUUUUGUCAAAAUCAAAUUCCAUGAAGAUACCUUCACCGGCGGACCCAAAAACCACGAAGCUUUCUCCGCCAUCGAGACCUACCUCAGCGACCACUGUGCCUCUCAAGCCCCUCGCCUCAAGGCCAACGCUGUUCGCGACAUCCAAACUCCUGUCCUCUGUGUCGACGACGGCGUCGAGGUCUCCGACGACUUCGAAGGCAUCAAGGUUUCUUGGAAUCUCAUCGUCGAGAGCGAAAAAAAUGAUUCCUUCCGCGGCGGCUCGAAGAAGAACAAGCACUAUUCGCUUAAUUUUCGGAAAAUGAACCGUGAAAUCGUCGUCGGGAAGUACUUGAAGCAUGUUAUGGAAAAGGGGAAAGCUGCGGCGGCUAGAAAUCGGCAGAGGAAACUGUAUUCCAAUAGUUCUAGUGAGCAUGGAACUUACUGGAACUAUAUCAUGGAAUUCGAUCAUCCCGCCUCGUUCGAUACUAUUGCCAUGGAGGAGAGCAAGAAGCAGAACAUUAUCGCUGAUCUGAGAUCGUUUUCUGAAUCGAGAGACUACUAUCGGAGAAUUGGAAAGCCCUGGAAAAGAGGGUACCUUCUGCACGGACCUCCCGGAACCGGGAAGUCCACGAUGAUUGCAGCGAUGGCGAAUGAGUUGAAUUACGAUGUGUACGACCUCGAAUUGACUGCGGUUACAAGCAACGCUAACCUGAAGAAGCUGUUGAACAGAACCCCCUGCAAUUCUAUUCUUGUGAUUGAAGACAUUGAUUGCUCGAGCGACAUUUCGGGUCUGAGGGAGAAGAAACUGAACGAUGACAAGGACAAGGACAAGGAAAAGGUCAAGUUCGAGAAAGUGACGCUCUCUGCGCUUCUGAAUUGCAUCGAUGGACUAUUCUCGGCGAACGAGGGUGGGAGAGUGAUGGUAUUCACGACGAAUCACGUCGAGAAGCUCGACCCGGCACUCAUUCGGAGGGGAAGAAUGGACAAGCACAUUGAGUUGUCAUUUUGUAGGUUUGAAGCUUUCAAGGUUUUGGCAAAAAACUAUUUGGGUAUUGAGAAUCAUGAAUUGUUUCCCCAAAUUGAACGGUUGUUGAAGCAGACCGACAUUACUCCGGCCGAUGUGGCGGAGAAUUUGAUUACGAAGAACGCCGAUGAGGGUUCUGCUCGUGCUUGCUUGCGGACAUUGAUCGAUGUUUUAGAGAAGAAAUUGGAGGAAGAUAAAGUGAAGUUGUUGAAGGCUGAAGAGAAAGCAGAGCUGGUGGAGCCACCCAAGAUAGCAGUGAAAGAGAAUGGAACAUGUAUCAAGGAGAAUGGGCAUGUGCUAUUAAGUGUUCAAGUGUAAUUGUUCUAUUAUGUGCUAGUGAUCUAGCGGGUUUGGAAUUCUCAGUUUACUGCGUUUGUUGUAGCAGUGCUAUGUUUAUCAAUGAAAUAAGAUGUUCUGUUUUGUUCUCUGCUC